AUGCCGCUUGACUUAGAAGAUAAUGGCCUCAUGCAGUAUGCACGGUGUUACAUGCUUUACUUGUUGGGAGCCGUGCUUCUUCCGGACAAGGCCAACAACACGGUGCAUGUUCGAUAUCUGCCGUUGUUGGCUGACUUUGAUGCCAUCUGCACCUACAGUUGGGGUAGCGCCAUCCUCUGUUGGUUAUAUCGUGCUAUGUGCUUAGCAACGGAAUACAGUGUUGAGGGUAUGGCCGGUUGUCAUACGUUGCUCAUGUCGUGGAUAUACUACAGGUUACCUUUCUUCGCACCGAAUGUUACGACACCAUAUAGUUUUCCUUUAGCAACGAGGUGGGCAGGAAAAAAAGGACAAAAUGACUAUGCUGAGCAGCGGUUAUUGAGGCACCGUCUGAGUUUGUUUGGCAACCGUACAUGGACCCACCGAUCCUUGCAACACCUUUACACAAAUAGUCGCAUCAGCAUGCACCAUGGGGAAUAUGUGCUGGCAGAUGACAUUGCUAUCUAG